AGGAAACUGAGGCCUAGAUGCAGGGGGCUGCGUUCGUGCCACCGAGCGGGUCCCACGCGGGGACUCCCGGCUGCGCCCCGCGGGCUUGCGCGGUCCCCAAACCCCGGCUCUGCACGCUUCUCAGGAGCGGUCGGAUGGUGUUCUGCGAGUGCCCUGCAGACUUCCCUGUGGUGCCCUCAGAAGUCCGCUCGGACCCUGGUGCGAGGGAAUCACCCCUUCACCCCUUCAUCCCAAAAGGGAAGGAAGGGAUGCCCGUUUCCUGACCGUCUCUCUCUGGAAAGCUGGGACCGCGCACCCGCUUGGCACCCAACUCUCCACGGAGAACUCUGGACGCUAAAUAUUAGAUAAAGACGCACGUCCUUUUUGCAGGAGGAAAGUUGCACCGUUUGUUUUACCAUUGUGCUUCCUAUUGAAAACUGCUUACGGUUUUUUGCUCCAGGUGAGGUCUCCCCGUUAGAACCCUGUGUCCUGUCCUCAAGCAGGUGGCAGGACAGGUGGCCAAGAGCAGGCUGGUUCCGUGGGGCAGCGCUGGCAGAUCCGGUUGGCACGGACUUUCUCCUGCUGCUGCAGUGCGCUUUUCCUCCAGGGCGGGUUAGGUUCAGCCGGUCCCUUCACCGUGGGAGCUUUCUCUUCUGUCAGCCUUUGAUACCUGCGAUGGGGGAACCUGAGGUCCUAACAUGUUACAAACAGACCAUCAUCAAAGAGGGGAUGCUGACCAAACAGAACAAUUCAUUCCAGCGAUCAAAAAGGAGAUACUUUAAGCUACGAGGGCGAACGCUGUACUAUGCCAAAACGGCAAAGUCAAUCAUAUUUGAUGAGGUGGAUCUGACAGAUGCCAGCGUGGCUGAAUCCAGCACCAAAAACGUCAACAACAGUUUUACGGUCAUAACUCCAUGCAGGAAGCUCAUCCUGUGUGCCGACAACAGAAAAGAAAUGGAAGAUUGGAUUGCAGCGUUAAAGACUGUGCAGAACAGGGAGCAGUUUGAGCCCACCCAGUACAGCAUGGACCAUUUCUCAGGGAUGCACAAUUGGUACGCCUGUUCCCACGCGAGGCCGACUUACUGCAACGUGUGUCGUGAGGCUCUGUCUGGGGUCACAUCGCAUGGGCUGUCCUGUGAGGUGUGCAAAUUUAAGGCCCACAAGCGCUGUGCUGUGCGUGCAACCAAUAACUGCAAGUGGACCACGCUCGCCUCGAUUGGGAGGGACAUCAUUGAGGAUGCAGAUGGGAUCGCGAUGCCUCACCAGUGGUUGGAAGGAAACCUGCCUGUGAGUGCCAAGUGUACCGUGUGCGACAAGACGUGUGGCAGCGUGCUGCGCCUGCAGGACUGGCGCUGCCUCUGGUGCAAGGCCAUGGUUCACACAUCAUGUAAAGAAUCCUUGCUGACCAAGUGCCCACUUGGCCUGUGCAAAGUGUCAGUCAUCCCACCCACGGCUCUCAACAGCAUCGACUCUGACGGGUUCUGGAAGGCCAGCUGUCCUCCGUCUUGCACAAGCCCACUACUGGUCUUCGUCAAUUCAAAAAGUGGGGACAACCAGGGUGUGAAGUUCCUCAGAAGAUUCAAACAGCUGCUGAACCCUGCCCAGGUCUUCGACCUCAUGAAUGGAGGCCCACACCUCGGCUUACGGUUGUUCCAGAAGUUUGACACAUUCCGGAUUCUGGUUUGUGGCGGGGACGGAAGUGUUGGCUGGGUCCUGUCCGAAAUUGACAGCCUCAACCUUCAUAAACAGUGUCAGCUGGGAGUGCUGCCGCUUGGCACGGGGAACGACCUGGCCCGAGUGCUGGGCUGGGGCUCGGCCUGCGAUGAUGACACCCAGCUCCCCCAGAUCUUGGAGAAGUUAGAGAGAGCCAGCACCAAGAUGCUGGACAGGUGGAGCGUCAUGGCGUAUGAGGCCAAGCUCCCCCGGCAGGCCUCCUCCUCCACCGUCACCGAAGACUUCAGCGAGGAUUCCGAGGUGCAGCAGAUUCUCUUCUAUGAAGACUCGGUUGCAGCCCACCUUUCUAAAAUCCUCACCUCGGACCAGCACUCGGUGGUCAUCUCCUCGGCUAAAGUGCUCUGUGAGACGGUGAAGGACUUUGUGGCCCGGGUGGGGAAGGCCUAUGAGAAGACGACUGAGAGCUCGGAGGAGUCAGAGGUCAUGGCCAAGAAGUGCUCUGUCCUGAAAGAGAAGCUGGAUUCCCUUCUCAAGACCUUGGAUGAUGAGUCCCAGGCCUCGUCCUCUCUGCCCAACCCACCCCCAACCAUUGCUGAGGAGGCUGAAGAUGGAGAUGGGUCAGGCAGCAUCUGUGGCUCCACCGGGGACCGCCUGGUGGCAUCGGCCUGCCCAGCCCGGCCGCAGAUAUUCCGGCCUCGAGAACAGCUCAUGCUGAGAGCAAACAGCCUGAAGAAGGCGAUUCGUCAGAUCAUAGAACACACAGAAAAAGCUGUCGAUGAGCAGAAUGCCCAGACCCAGGAGCAGGAGGGCUUUGUCCUGGGCCUCUCUGAGUCAGAGGAGAAGAUGGACCACCAAGUGUGCCCACCACUGUCGCACAGCGAGAGCUUCGGGGUCCCCAGGGGGAGGAGCCAGCGCAAAGUGUUGAAAUCCCCGUGUGAGAAGCUGAUCAGCAAAGGAAGUCUGCCUCUGGGCAGUUCAGCUUCCCUUCCACCCCAGCCGGGAAGCCGGGACAGCCUGCCUGCCCUCAACACCAAGAUCCUGUACCCAAAUGUCCGGGCUGGAAUGUCUGGUUCCUUACCUGGUGGCUCAGUCAUCAGUCGCCUGUUAAUUAAUGCCGAUCCCUUUAACUCCGAACCGGAAACCCUAGAGUACUAUACAGAGAAGUGUGUCAUGAACAACUAUUUUGGCAUCGGCCUGGAUGCGAAGAUAUCCCUGGACUUCAACAACAAGCGGGAUGAGCACCCAGAGAAGUGCAGGAGCCGAACCAAGAACAUGAUGUGGUACGGAGUUCUUGGAACCAAAGAGCUGCUGCACAGAACCUACAAGAACCUGGAGCAAAAGGUCUUGCUGGAGUGUGACGGGCGACCCAUCCCCCUCCCCAGUCUUCAGGGUAUUGCUGUCCUUAACAUCCCCAGCUAUGCAGGAGGAACCAACUUCUGGGGUGGCACCAAGGAGGAUGACACUUUCACAGCUCCGUCAUUUGAUGACAAGAUUCUGGAGGUGGUUGCUGUAUUCGGCAGCAUGCAGAUGGCCGUCUCUCGAGUCAUCAGGCUGCAGCAUCACCGGAUCGCCCAGUGUCGCACAGUGAAGAUCUCCAUCCUUGGGGAUGAGGGCGUGCCUGUGCAGGUGGAUGGAGAGGCCUGGGUCCAGCCGCCAGGGUACAUUCGGAUUGUUCACAAGAACCGGGCACAGACGCUGACCAGAGACAGGGCAUUUGAGAACACCCUGAAGUCCUGGGAAGACAAGCAGAAGUGCGAGCUGCCCCGCCCUCCAUCCUGUUCCCUGCACCCGGAGAUGCUGUCCGAGGAGGAGGCCACCCAGAUGGACCAGUUUGGGCAGGCGGCGGGGGUCCUCAUUCACAGUAUCCGAGAAAUAGCUCAGUCUCACCGAGACGUGGAGCAGGAACUUGCCCACGCCGUCAAUGCCAGCUCCAAGUCCAUGGACCGUGUGUAUGGCAAGCCCAGAACCACAGAGGGGCUGAACUGCAGCUUUGUCCUGGAAAUGGUGAAUAACUUCAGAGCUCUACGCAGUGAGACGGAGCUGCUGCUGGCUGGGAAGAUGGCCCUGCAGCUGGAUCCGCCUCAGAAGGAGCAGCUGGGGAGUGCUCUUGCCGAGAUGGACCGGCAGCUCAGGAGGCUGGCGGAUACCCCCUGGUUCUGCCAGCCCACAGAGCCUGGUGACGAAGAGAGUGUGAUGCUGGAUCUUGCCAAGCGCAGUCGCAGUGGUAAAUUCCGCCUCGUGACCAAGUUUAAAAAGGAGAAAAACAACAAGAACAAAGAAGCUCACAGUAGCCUGGGAGGCCCGGUUCACCUCUGGGGGACAGAGGAGGUUGCUGCCUGGCUGGAGCACCUCAGUCUCUGUGAGUAUAAGGACAUCUUCACGCGGCACGACAUCCGGGGCUCUGAGCUCCUGCACCUGGAGCGGAGGGACCUCAAGGACCUGGGCGUGACCAAGGUUGGCCACAUGAAGAGGAUCCUGUGUGGCAUCAAGGAGCUGAGCCGCAGCGCCCCCGCCGCCGAGGCCUAGCCUCCGCCCUCUCAGCCUGCAGCCUCUGCGCCUCCCACCACUGAGGCCCUGGGUGGACGCUGCAGCCCUCCCCCUUCUCAUGGUGCUACUUCCGCUGUCAGCUACAGAAAGCCUCCGUGACACUGUCCACCAGAGCUCUGGAGUCUUGAACAUAACAACACAGCUACCUUUGAAAUGACACCUUCUCCAGCUCAGUCAUCUGGGGGACAUGUGUCACGGCCACUCAGCUCUCGCCCACCUGUGUUGUGGUCCAGGGAAUCCGGCAGUGUCUGGCCUCUCGGGCACCGCUUGCCUGGCCUUGGAUUGUCCCAGGGGCUCCCUUCCAUGUGUCCUUCGUGGCCGCACUGUGUGGCUCUGCCUUCUGGCCCCGGGGUUCUCAGAAACGUGGCUGGGGCCCAGCCGCCCUGUGGCUUCACAGCAGCCUGCAUGGCCCCGUUUGUUGAUGCAGCUUUUGUUGUUGAACAAAAGCCGUGCUCUUUCCUGGUUUGAAAGUAGCCUGGGUGUUUGAUAUAAUUUGACACGAUGAGAAAAAACCCUUCCCGUGUGAGCCAAGGCAGUGGGUGCAGCUUCCCAGGCCAGGAGCCCCUCCCUGGGUCCGCAGAGUCUGCGCGCCUCCCUCCACCCCUCCCCCGCUGCCUCUGAGCUGUGGGCUGGGGACACCUCCCCUUCUGUCUCUGGACAUUGUAGGCUUUGAGUCCAGCUUGGGGCCACGAGUGAGAUCGCCGGCUGCAUCCUGCAGAGGACGUGUGUCCACAUGAGUUCAGUGUUUUUGUGUGGAAAACGCUUGCUGGCUCUGGGAAACUCUUUCUGCCCAUUAUGUGGUUCCCAGGGACUGUGGCCCUGGUGGGCCGGGAUGGUUUGAGCUCUUCACCCCGUCCUGAGUGUCUCUGCCCCUGCAGUGGCUUCUUCUGCUGCUGGGCCUGGUGUCGCUGGAGAUGCUGGCCGGGACUCUGACUCGAUGGUCCACACUGCUCCUGCCCUGCCUCUGUCCUGCCUCUGAACCAGCAGAUGACGGUGCCAGAGGGCAGGAAGCUCCCCUGGGGAGACUGCGGGGCCAGUCCCUAGGCAGAGGACGCCCCUGGUCCUCCUGCGCGUGACUUUGCCCCUUUCCCCUUUGAUAGUCAUCUCUCACAGGGGCUCGUAAAUGUCUGGAAAGAGGUUUCUGGAACCCCAACCCUGGUAUGAGGAGGAAAUAGCUCUGGCCUGGCUGCCUGGCUGCCUCAAAGAGAAGGACAGUGUUGGGAGUGUCUGCCGGCGCCGUCCAGCCCUUUAGUCAGCGUGGCUCCAUCUGCUGUGCGGAAGCAGGGCUACACCUGCAGGGGCAGCUUGGACGGGGCUGGUUUGCGGCAGCCCCUGGCCCUGAACAGGUAGCAGUGAACAGCGCCUGGCCCCACCUCUCGCAGCCCUCUGUCCCCUCUGCAAUGCCCCUGGGGGGGGCCCUCCAAGUGCCUUGGGGUGCUCCCCUCUGUGGUCCUUCUGGGCUGAGGCCCCUGGAGUGUGCAGGCUGAGCCGGGUCUUGGGUUCCCCCAGCGCAGCCUCCUGUCGCUGCGUGCAUAAUGUUAAGAUUUUGGGUUGAAACUGUCCCAUGCUGUCGGUGGACUUAGCUGCUCAUUGGAAGUGAUGUGGGGUGGAAGGUGGUUGUGUGUCACCGUUUGCACCUGUGAUUGUUUCUGCACAGGACAUUGUAGAUGGAGGUAGGCAGAGGGAGAAAGAAGCUGGCCAUGGCAGUCGCUUGGUUUCCCAGGUGGAACGGGCUGGCAUAGGGGAUGAUGGCAACCUGGCCUGCAGUCCCUGUGUGACCAUUGGCCCUGCUGGCCUGGUGGUGUCGGCACCCUGGGGCUCUUAGGGUCCCAGAACAAGCCCCAGAACAAGCUGGAACUCUGGUGAGGAGGGGACAUGAGGAGAAGCAGCCGACUGUGGCUUCAGGGACAUCAGGGCCACCCCAAGUCCUCAGUGUCCUCCUGGCAAGGAGUUGGGUUUGGGUUAAAAGUGUUUAAUAUGUUGUCAGUGAUUAAAACAACACUGUUUACAUAAAAACCAUUUUUCUAAUUCUAACAAGUUAGAAGUGAGAAAGGAAUGAAUGGGAAUGUUUAGGGAAUGGCCCUUUGCUGCUGGGCUGGCGUCCCGCAUUGGGGUGUCCUUGCUGCCCUGGAGGCUGCUCUGCUGCCCUGGCCGAGGUCCCCUUGUGGCGUGGCCACACGGGCCUCACAGUCUGCUGUGCAGAGGAAGGCAGGAAGGAUCCCUGAAGCGUCUUGGAGAAAAGGUUCUGUGCCCUCAGGUGGGGCUUACCCCCCCUCGUAUUUAUAAUCUUAAUUUAUAUAGAGACCACCGUGGAAACACAUGCCUCUUGUAUUGUUAUGUACAUAGUCCAUGCCUGAGUGCUGUACAGAAGUUGUUCUGUGUAUAAAUAAAACGAGCCUGUUUUUGAUCUUC